CGCCAGUAAAAAAUGCGCUAGCUUAUAUUAUUACCGUGACUCGAUCUUUCAAAAUGCCACGUGGCAUUUAUUAUGUGGAUUUGGAUUUUCUAACUUGUUCUCCUCACGAAACAAAAUUCACCCACACAAGACAAAGCGAUCGUCGAUCCCACCCACAAUCUAAGAUCGCCGGCCGAUUCUCGUCGCCGACAAAAGAAGAACCGAGGAAGAGGAAAGCAACUAUGGAUUCCACACCUGUAAAUUGGGAAGCGCUUGAUGCUCUCAUCAUCGAUUUCGUUAGCUCUGAAAACCUGGUUGAAGACGCCGCCGCCGCCGUCAAUUCACCUCCAUCUCCAUUAUCGUCUCCUUCUUCUUCUUCAUCUCCUUCUAUUUCCUCUUCUUCUUAUCACUCCAGAUUGAUCAUUCGCCGGAUCCGAAGCUCGAUUGAAUCCGGUGACAUUGAAACCGCCAUCGAUAUUCUUCGCUCCCACGCUCCUUUCGUCCUCGAUGAUCAUCGGAUUCUAUUUCGCCUCCAGAAACAGAAAUUUAUUGAGCUUUUGAGAAAAGGAACACAUGAAGCUGCAAUUGAUUGCUUGAGGACUUGUGUUGCUCCCUGUGCUCUUGAUGCCUACCCGGAAGCUUAUGAGGAAUUCAAGCAUGUUCUUCUUGCACUCAUCUAUGAUAAAGAUGACCAAACCUCUCCAGUAGCAAACGAGUGGGCAGAGAAAAGAAGGUAUGAAAUGGCUGGACUGAUGUCAUCUGUCUUACGAGCUUCUUUGCAAGCAUAUGAUCCAGUAUUUUCUAUGACACUAAGAUAUCUGAUAAGCAUACACAAAGGAUUUUGCUUUCACCAAGGAAUUUCUUCCGCAGUUUCUGAUCUAACCCACAGAUUGCUCCUGGAGGAACGUGAUGCACCAGCCACGCCUAUUGAAAGCAUGUAUGAAGUACCACCGUUUGAUGAGGUGGAUAUACAGGCUCUUGCUCAUGCGGUUGAGCUCACUAGACAAGGUGCUGUUGAUAGUAUGAAAUUUGCCAAAGGUGACCUUUUCCAGGCAUUCCAGAAUGAAUUGUGCAGGAUGCGAUUAGAUGUUUCUGUUCUUGAUGAACUUGUUAAGGAGUACUGCAUAUACAGGGGUAUUGUGGAUUCAGAGAUGCAAAUGAUCACGAUUCCUGCCAAACGCAACCAAUCGGAGGUGGGCCGCAGCUUAUCAAGAGAUUGUUCUUCGGAAAUAGAUCUCAACACAAGUCAACAUUCAGAUAUUGAGAAUUAUAGCAACAAGAGCAUGCUCGAUGGCUCACUCACAUAUGACACUGAAAUGUCUUGCGAAGAAGGAGGUGACGUUGGCACACGUUAUGGCAGUGAACCAACCAGUGUUUGUGAAGAUUGCAGCACUAGCUGGUCAAAUCAAUGUGAAAAUACAAGAGCUCUUCUUAGAAUUAGAUCCCAUAUGAAUAGUGAGGGGAAUAAACGCAAAAGAUGGUGUGGGCGUACUGCUGAAAUGGAUUGUCUUCCUCGUAUUUCAUUUGCCAAUUCCGAGUCAGGCACAAACCCUAUAGAGGACAAGUAUGAGAUAGCGUUGGCACUGAAGGAAUUGGUUAGCAGAGGAAUGGCAGCAGAAGCAUUUUCCGAAAUCAGCACCAUGGAUCCAGAUUUUUUCACACAAAAUCCGGGUUUACUUUUCCACCUUAAGCAGGUAAUGGUGCAAGAACAACUUAAAGCUCUCGGUAUAUUCCCCCCAAGAGAUAUUGUUUGUAACUUCUUCGUUUUGCACAGUAACGGAGGAACUUGUUUAUAUAUAUAUAUAUAUAAAUGUACAGGUCGAAUUUCUGAAGCUGGUGAGUGCUGGUGAUCACAAUGGAGCCCUAAAGGUCGCAUGCUUUCACUUAGGUCCCUUAGCCGCCAAUGACCAGUCUUUACUGAAGACAUUGAAGGAGACUUUGUUAGUUUUACUCCAACCCGACGGAACCGCACCUGGGAAAGAUUUGCCUUUGAAUGAUCUGGCAAAUACGCUACAGGUUUCUGUCGGUAAUAGGCUCGGGAUCGAAGAACCGAAGUUAAUGAAAAUAAUCAAAGCGACGCUUCACACGCAUACCGAGUGGUUUAAGCUUCAGAUGUGUAAAGACCGGUUCAAUAAUCUCCUGAAGAUAGAUUCUUUGAAAGAAGUGAACACCGAUUUGAUUGGUGCUAUUAAAUCAAAAUCAAAGAAAGAUAGCAACACAAACUUGUCUUCUCAAGUCACGACGACGUCUUCAAGCACCAUGACAUCAGAAGAUGGUGGAAGCAGCAGCUUGAUGAUGAUGACUCAGACUUUGCCAAGAGAAGCUUUGUGGGAAGAAAGUGCAAUUCUUAAAGUAAUGGAAUUUCUGGCGAUGCCGAGGUCUGAUGCAAUUCAACUGCUAUCACAAUACAAUGGAGACGCUGAGGCUGUGAUUCAGCAACUCUUUGGGUAAACCCAAACCAGACUAGACCGCGUAGAACUGAACUGAGGCCGGUUUAUUUUAAUUUGGAUGAGUUAUUAUUGGUUUAUUCAUUUCUGUAUUUGUACAUUAACUUUACACAGACACACUUGAGUAAAAGAAAAUAAAUAGUUUUAUCAAUAAAAAAGUGGUUGCAUAGAGAGGAAAAAGGACGUCGAUAGUAUGGGCCUUAAUCAAAAGCCCAAUAAUUAUUUU